AUGAUCUGCUCCUUGUUCCUGGCCGUCCAGGUCCUGGCUGCAGCCAUGGGGGCCGCUCCCAGAGCUGGCAGACAGUGUCCAGCCUGCGGGGAGCUGGCCUUGGACGUGGAGAGCCACCGGGAGCUGCUGCUUAACCUGGCCAAGAGGCGCAUCUUGGACCAGCUGCGCCUCAGCCAGCGCCCCACCCUGGGCCGGCCGGUGUCCCGAGCUGCCCUGCGGGCGGCCCUGCAGCGCCUCCACGGGCCCCCGCAGGGGGCGCUUCCGGAAGCCGACGGGGGCCAGGAGUAUGACAUCAUCAGCUUUGCCGAGACAGGCCUCUGCAACUCCACCCAGACUCGUCUGGAUUUCCACUUCUCCUCCGACAGCUCAGCUGGCGGCCUGGAGGUCCAGCAGGCCCGCCUCAUGUUCUUUGUGCAGCUCCCCCCCAAUACCAGCUGCACUCUGAAGGUGAGGGUCCUGGAGCUCAGCCCACGUGACACCAACCUCACCUCGGCCACUCAGCACCUGCUGGAGGUAGACGACAGUGGUUGGCACCAGCUUUUCCUGGGGCCUGAAGCUCAGACUGCCUGCAGCCUGGGGCACCUGGCCCUGGAGCUGGCCCCCGAAGGGCAGGCGGCCUGGAGCCCCGUCAUCCUGGCGGGGGCUGCGCACAGGCCUUUCGUGGCAGCUCGGGUGAGAGUCGGGGGCAAGCACCGGGUUCGCCGUCGAGGCGUUGACUGCCAGGGCAGGCCCCGGAUGUGCUGUCGACAGGAGUUCUUCGUGGACUUCCGGGAGAUCGGGUGGCACGACUGGAUCAUCCAGCCUGAGGGCUACGCGAUGAACUUCUGCGCGGGGCACUGCCCCCUGCACGUGGCGGGCAUGCCUGGCAUCGCCGCCUCCUUUCACACCUCGGUGCUCAACCUUCUCAAGGCCAGCAGGGCUGCCGGCUCCACCGGAGGCGGGUCCUGCUGUGUGCCCACCGUCCGGCGCCCCCUCUCUCUACUCUACUAUGACAGGGACAGCAACAUCGUCAAGACUGACAUCCCUGACAUGGUGGUAGAGGCCUGUGGGUGCAGUUAG